AUGCUUUCCAUAGACAAGAUGGACUUAUCCCGGCCGACGAAUACUUGUCUUCGGACGAGGCUCGACAAGUCAUUGCCGCCUCCGCCCUCUGACGUACUGGACAUGACGACGGUGCUCGUUGGAGCCAGGCAGCUGAACUUCACCGUCAACCGCCGCCUGCUCCGCUCCGUCUCCUCCUUCUUUCGUGAACGGCUGGACGAUCCCUCCGCACCCACGCCGGUCUGUCUAUGGCUUCCGGGAGAAUCGGGAACAAUGUUUGCCCUCUUCGUCGAGUGGGUUCACUGGCCCUCGACCUUUAGGCAUUUCGUCGAUCAAGCCGUCAGCGACGCGCACGAGACGAGCGCGUCGCAGGACCUUCAUUGGGCCAUCAUCCACCUACAUCUCUUCGCCGCCAACCUCAAAAUCUCCAAGCUGCAGGACCUUGCCAUGGACGCCAUCCAGGAUCUGUACCUAAAAUAUGACUGGGACGUGCCGCCGAACCUCAUCAAACACUUGUACGCCCAAUCCGAUGCCGUGACGGCCGUUCGAAUUCGCCGCUGGGCCGUCGCCAUGGUCGCCUUCUCACUCACAACAGACCCUCACCAGCCGCUCAAGUUUCACCCCCAAGACUCGGCAACCUCCGACCUCGCACGUUUCCGAGCCCUCUUCGACUCGCUCCCCGAGUUCGCCGCCGACUACGCGAUGCAUGUUCGCAACAUGACCUCGGCGGGCAUCGAUGUGCGCUUCAAGAACCCCCAGUUGCGCAUAUCGGCCAACAAGCUGCGCAACGACCAACGCAUGUUCGGCUUUCGGGAGUGCUCCUUCCACUCCCAUCGAUCAUCCGUUGGAGAAGGGCAAUGUCCCCAUUCCGACAACAGGCAUCGGCGGCGGCCUCUGCGAAUACCCGUACCGGAGCUUGACCUCACAAUUGGUGAGCUCGAGUUGAGCCGACGCGACUCUCUUCCGAGCCCAAUCCCGCCACCCUUGUUUUCGACUCAUCCUGCCGGCGCACCAGCAAAGCACACACCGAUCCUCUCCAUUCCGCUCACCUGCUGA